AUGGCUCGGCAAUACUCUUUUGUGUUCGGGUUGUUCCUCUUCUCCCUCUGGUCGAUCCUCGGCUCCGCCGUCGACCUCUACAGGGCAGACUCCAGAGCCUAUUCGACCAUCCAGGCCUCCAAAGGCUUCCUAGCCAAGGGACAAUCCAACAUUGGCGUCGUGUCACCUGACACCAGUCUCUGGAACCACGUCAACGGCGCCGACAACGGCUUCAGCAAAGACGAGGACGGUUACGUCUCGACCACCUCUGACAGGAACCUCGCUCGCACUUGGGUCCGCCAGUUCCUCGGCAACAACGGCUACAUCUACCGCAUCCACUCAGCUCCCAACAUGAUCGACUGCCAGGCCACGCUCGGCAAGUACAACCCGUACCCCCAGGAGAAGGAGUUCGCCGCCCUCGGCGGCAUCAAGGACAACCAGAUCAUCGGUUGGACGCAGGUCAAGAACGGAGUUGAGGGCAAGGAGCAGCUCAACCCCUUCUACCGCUCCGAUAUCUACGGAAACAUGGGUACUGGCGGUUCUCAGCCCAAGCUGGCUGCGUUCCCGCCCAACCACGCCGCGUGGAGCGAGGCGCCGUGGUCCGAGUUCGCGACAUGCACCAGACGCUCUGCCAGAGAUCUGUUCAAGCGCGCCUGCUCGCCGGCCAAGAGCAACGUCGAGUACGCUGACGAGCACCUGGAUAAUAACGACAAUGGCGAGGACGGCGAGGAUGAUGAGGAUGAUGAGAACUAUCAGGACGGCGAGGACGACGAGGACGACGAGGACGACGAGGACGACGAGGACGACGAGGACGACGAGGACGAGGACGACGAGGGCAAGGAGGACGAUAAUAAUAAUAGCAACAACAGUAACAGUGAUACAGAUAACGAUAGUAAACCAGAGUAA